UUUAACUCUAAUCUACAACCGAACAAAAAAGACGCAACUAUGUCUUCGUGCGCCACUUUCAUCUUCCUUGUCCUUUUAUCCAUUCUCACUUGCUUCAGAGCUUCAGCGCAAAACCUUUCUCUGUUAUACUAUUUUUGUCCAAACACGACAACGUAUUCAAGGAACAGCACUUACGACACCAACCUCAAAACAGUUUUGUCUUCCUUCUCUUCCAGCAGCGCUUUAUACUCCAUCGGGUUUCAAAACGCCACAGCGGGUCAAGCUCCCGACAGGGUCACAGGACUUUUCCUAUGCCGCGGAGAUGUCUCGUCAGAAGUUUGCCGUAACUGCGUCGCCUUUGCAGUCAACGAAUCCUUAACUCGGUGUCCGAAUCAGAGAGAGGCCGUGCUCUACUACGAUGAGUGUAUGCUCAGAUACUCUCACCGGAAUAUUCUUUCGACCCUUAGAACCGAUGGUGGAUAUACGUUGCCUAACCUCAAUAAUAUGCCACUUGACCAACAAGACAGGUUCAGAGAGUUGGUUUUGUCCACCCUGAACCAAGCAGCAAACAAAGCCGUGGAUAGUUCCCGAAAAUUCGAAGCGAGAAAAACCAAUUUUACUGCAUUGCAGACUUUGUACGGACUUCUUCAGUGCACUCCUGAUUUGACGAGACAAGACUGUUUGCGCUGUCUGCAAACGUCCAUCAAUCAGUUACCAACGGAAAGAAUUGGGGCAAGACUUCUUUUGCCAAGCUGUGGUUCAAGAUACGAGCUUUACCCGUUUUACGACGAAUCCGCCGUUAAUUAGAACGCAAACCACCACCUGAUGUGACUACACAAAGCAUCGAUGAAAACUAUUUAGAUAUCAUAUGCAGUUAACCUCCACCGCUCAUUUUAUUUUAAUGUAGCAAAUAAUGUUAUGCUUCUAUAUAAGUUUUAGGAGAAACCCACGUUUCCACUUUUGUGAUUUCAUGUUUGUAUAAAUUGAAUAGUAAACAGUAAAUAAAUGCAGAUUGAGGUUUUCUAAAGAAAAGUGUUUUUGGGGCA